AGAAAGAGACCUUCUUGGACCCUUUCAUAUUGAGGGAAGUCCUGCCAGCAUCUCUGGGAAGUUAUUAUCGGUAUACAGGGUCACUGACCACCCCUCCGUGCAGUGAGAUUGUGGAAUGGAUUGUUUUUCGCAUGCCUGUUCCUAUCUCUUAUCGCCAGGUAGGUUUGAAUCCACAAAGAGUUUGCCUGGUUCAUUGUUUUUUUACUCCUUGCUUUUUUCCACCCAUUCCCUGAUACUUAAGCUGCAUCUAGAUUUCCGAUCCUUUUCAUUUUGGGCAUGGCCCAUAAAAUUGAAUUUUUAGGAGGAGGAAUGCACAAAAAAAUAUUGUUGAUGGAAAAGGAAGUUGGCUAAUUUUGUUUUAUUGUUCUGAGCAUGAGCCGCUCGACACGAGAAGAUAAUAGAACAUGACAUUCUAUUUCCUUCCAAAUGAUCUUAGCUAUUAUCAUUCUGUUCAGAUACAUUUGAACUGUGGUCUAAAUAUUUACACAGAAUCCUUUCUUCUUUCACUCUCUUCAUGUUUCUUCCGUGACACUCAGCUAAGUACACAGACACAGAUUUAGUAGUUUGGGCUAAUUACGGAAGGAAAGUAAUGCUUUAGUUAAUUUACCAACUUUGUCUGUUGUUGUUUUUACAACAUCACAAAGCUGCCAUUAGUGUGCCUCUGGAACGAGAACCUUAAAAUGAAUGCAUAGGAGGCCUUGCUGUAGAUCAAGGCAGUGAGUGGCAUUUUCAUUGAGAGACAUCCCUGAGUAAUAACGUGGAAAUAUGCAGCUAAAUGUUUAACAAUUAAAAAGGCUUUGACAUUUAAAACCUUUGUUUUCAAAAUGUCUCCUUGCUAAAGUCUACCCUGCCUUUUAUUUGCUUGUGUUAAUACACCUCAUUGCAACAGAGGCAUCUGAGAGGGAACUGCUCAUGUAAAAAGUCACUUGAUCUUACCGAAUGAAUGAGUGUAAAUAUUCAAUAGCUCCCCCUUGACAGAGGUAGAUGAACGCAACAAGACAACAGUGAAGUCCACUGCUUCUCAGUUGUUUUACUCAGAGGACACUGCAAAUCAUUUACCUUUUCCCAGUUUCUUGCCCUGUCCUGUCUCCAGAAUCCACGGCUGUCAAAGAAAUGGAUUAGAUCUAAUCAACAGGUGUAUUUUCUGUUUGGUGCUGGAGUUCAUUCCUGGCUACUACAAUGAGUCCCUCUUCUCAUAAUCUAAAACUGAUUGAAGCAUAAUUCAGGGAACUCACAGAGCCCAAUCUUCCUAGCUGCAGCCAGGAACACAUCUUUGCUUGAAAAAUGUAAGCUGCUGCCACUGUUAUUAUUCAUUCCAUUAGUUUUCCUCUGAAUUUUUUUUUUUUUUUUCAUAUUCACCACAGCCCACUUCAGGAAAGUGUUUACACACUUUUAUACCUCUGUGGCUUACAGGUUGUCGGCGUUUUAAUGAAAUGUUUGACUUGACAGAGUUUGCCAACGCAAAUACAUAAAAAUGCAGUCUACAUAUGCAAUUGCAUUAUACAUCCUGGAAAAUAUAUUGCCAUUUUUAUAGGUUGGUUCUGGAAAUGUAUUAGAAACAAAUACGGUUUGAUCUUGAACAACCUGGUGCUUUCAAGGGCCUGGACAUUUUGGGUAAAAAUCAAAAUUGCUUCAUCAGUUUCACUCAUGAAGGUAGUUCUUCAAGCAAUGGAAAAUAAAUGAAUUUUUAAAGUGUUUGUCAAAAACAAUUUGCAAGCUUGGUUUGUGUGUGUGUGUGUGUGUGCGCGCGCACACACAUGCUUUUCACUGCACAUGGCCUUCUUUUGCCCAGUUUUCUAUGACUUGUAAUUGGACCUAAGUGCAGACAAUCUUUCCUCUUAGAGAUGAAAUCUGGCACAGCAAAGAGCUGUGUCAGACAUGUGGUUCAGUGCCUUUGCCAGCUUGAGGCUCUUGUUGCUUUGGAUUAUUAUUACCCUAAGGUCCCAGGGUGGGUUAGGACAGCUAAAAGACAAUAUUAAAAAACAGUUUAAAACCACUUAUAGUCUAUGAAAUAAGUUGGGUCCUAAAAAUAUACAUCUCACAUGUGAAAAGCCAAGGUAAAGAAGUGCAUCUUUUCCAUCUUCUGAAAACUGUGUUAUGAAGUUACCCUAUGCACCUCUGUGGUGAGGGAGUUCCACAACUUACAACUCCAGCACAACCUCCUAGCUGGCUGAUGCUGAUGAGAGUUGUCAUCUAAAACAGCUGGAGGGCACCAGGUUGGCAAAGGCUGAAGUGGAGCAUUAGGGAGUUUGAAAGGAGCAAGAUCCAUUUCCAGCUUUGCUCCUAUCUUCAGAGUGGUAGUCGUCCCCCUCAAUCUCUCUUUUUAGCUCCUUCUUCAUUCUGUCCAUCUAGCGCUAAGUUUGUUAUCUCUGUGUGGCAGGGCCAAGCUUUUAUAGUAUCUACAGCUUGCAGCACAAUAGGUCCCUCUACUCUAGCAACCGCUGGCCAUUCUAGAUACUGCUGUAAACACAAAUAAUGGAAAGAUGGAAUGGCUGUGUGCUGAGCUGUGAUUUGUGUAUUGAAUGUGUGCCCCUCUUCUGCAGGAUAAUAGUAAAACACACAUACACAAUGCCUUAUAAAACAAAAGAGGGGGCUGUAUAUAUCUGUGAGUACAUACAGUACAGAGAGGCUAGGAAAGAAUAUUUUUCUUGCCUCCUCCAGACACUAACUUUGUAGAGGGUUUCUAAAGUGUUUGCUCGCUUGGCAGGCUAAAAAUGGGGCUAGAUAAAGCUGUUGGCAGUGAUUUCAGCGGGCAGCCUGGUUUCCUGUUUGAUUUAUCAGUCUUGGCAUCAGUACUUCCUGCCAUUUUGCAUUCUUAUCAGCUGCCCAGAUUUUGCCACAUUGGGUUUUUUCCCCCUAAUUAAUGCCCCCCUCCUUUCCCCCCCUUCCUUUUUCUUUCCCCUCAUGCUGGUUUGCUACAUUCAGCUGGAAGCGUUCUAUUCCAUAUUUACCACGGAACAGCAAGACCACGUCAAGUCUGUGGAAUACCUGAGGAAUAACUUCCGGCCUCAGCAGAGCCUCAACAACAGGAUAGUUUCCAAGUCUGCUGUGAAGGACGCUUGGAGCCAAAUUACAACCAGCAGCUUUGAAAACCCACUUGGCACCGAAGCCUCCAAAGGUAGAAUGGGGUACACCAUUUAA